GUCUUCCUAUUUUAUCAACCCAAAUAUGGUGCGACCUGUUCCGUUGGAGGAAGCAUUCGGCGACUCUCCUGCCUUUCAUAGCAGGCUGCAGGCCAGUGAAACUGCCCUGAACGAUGCCGACAGCUCGAUUAAGAAGAUGGUUGCGAUUGCUGAAAAGCUGAGCGAUUUGACCAAGGAGUACUCGGCUAAAUACCAGCAGCUUGCGGAGGAGAUCCAAAACCUGGCGGGGAAGGAUGAUGAUCCAGCAUAUGAGGCGGUGGGCCAACAGCUCACUAAGUUUGCCCAAGUCAUCAAGGACAUUGAACGGAGUAGACUCAUUGCGGCUAGCCAAUAUAAAGACGUCUUUGUCGAUCCUCUGAACCAAUUCAUAGCCAGUGAAGUUCAACCUACAAAGAAAGCUGGGAAAGAUUUCCAGCAUGCACAAGACCAAUACCAGAAUGCUCUGUCAAGAUACAUGUCAAAAAAGUCUACGGAUAAGGGAAUUGAGGAGAGCGCUCGAGAUGCGGCAGAUGCUAGAAAAGCAUUUCAUACCAAAACGAUAGAGUACGCAACAAAGCUGAAUGAUGUUGACGUGAAGCGGAAGUUUGAAAUCGUCGAAAACGUUGUUGCCCUUGUUUAUACCAAUUUCUCCUUUUUCCAUCAAGCAUACGACGCCCUUAAAGAUCUUGAGCCCUCUAUGCGCGACCUCACAGGAAUCCUCCAAAAGAUGCGCGCGGAUUACUCCAAGAUUGAUACAAAAGCAUCCGCCGAAUUCAUUCUUCAUCAAGUCAAACCGGAAGACUACGACCCCAGCUCCCCCACCAGUGUAAAAGCGACGCGGACGGCGUCAACUUUAUAUAAAGGCGGAUAUUUGUUCAAGAAGAGUAGCUCGAAAAUGAGGACCGUAUGGCAUCGUCGGUAUUUUGAAUUAAUGAACAACUUUUUGCACUAUUUUUCGUUGGAGGGAAAGGAUGAGGCGAAGACUACGAUCGAUCUACGAAUUUGUGCUGUAAAGGAAACUCCAAAUCCGGAGAGAAGAUUUUGUUUUGACUUGGUAUCGCCAAACAAAGCCCUAACUCUCCAAGCUCAAAGCGAGGACCAGAUGAAAGACUGGAUGAGCGUCCUUCAAGCUGCCAUAUCACGCUCGAUAUCCGAUGAAGGAUUUGUUACAUCCCCAGUCAAACCAACCUUCGGCGAAAUGGAUCAGGCUGCUAUUGCAAAACGUGAAGGGAACAAAAGCGCGAAUGAAUUCAUGAAACAAGUCCAUGCUAUCCCAGGCAAUAACGUCUGCGCCGACUGUGCAUCUCAGGAAGAUGUGGAAUGGGCAAGCUGCAACCUGGGUAUCAUUCUGUGCAUUACGUGCUCUGGGAUUCACAGAGGGUUGGGUCGGCAUGUUUCCAAGAUGAAGUCCUUGGCGCUCGAUCGGUGGGACCAGGAGAGCGGCGACAUCUUACUGGCACUUGGCAAUGAAAAAGUAAAUGCCAUUUUCGAAGGGAAAUUAAGGAAGGAAGGGCAACUCGACGCCGUGAAGCCAAAGCCGAAUGCUGAACGGGCGGCAAAGCAAAAGUACUGUGUGGCUAAAUAUGCAAACAAGGAAUAUCUGUUAUCUCCAGACACAGAUCCGACUCUCCGCAAUGAGCCACUUCAAUCUGCUUUUGUCAAUGCUGUCAAGAACGGUGACAUUCUUACUUCAUUGCGGUGUAUCGCGUAUGGAGCGAAUGUCAACGAAGUAGAUUUGACUGGGCAGACCAUGCUGCACAAGGUCACCUUGAGGAGCGAUGCAAUGGUUGCAGAGUUUUUGCUACAGUGGAAUGCGGAGAUAAAUGGAUUGGAUCAAAGGGGACGAACCCCACUUCAUUGCGCCGCUGAGGCAGGGAAUGCAAAUACAGUGUUGGCGCUUUUGCGACGAAAUGCAAAGACAGAUAUCCGCGACAAUGAUGGGAAGCUCGCAAUAGACGUUGCAGUCGAAAACAGUACCAAAUCGGAAUCUCACGUUCGCAUCGUAACCAUUCUCCGUCUUACUUCGCUCGACAAUGAAAAUAAGGCGUCUUCGACCUGGCGAGCACAAGACUGGGGCAUCCACGAGGCGCUCCAACAUUUAUCAUCGCCCUCGCUGGAUGCUCAGAGUGAGGCAGUUGAAAAAGUGGGUGUUGUCGAGAAUAUUGGGUGGGGUGGUGGUGGGACCAGCCCUAUUACAGUGCCUCCAGCGGAUCCAGCUGCGUGGGGAGCAAAGCCUGCGCUGGCGGCUUCCGAUCCAUGGGCGGAAGAGCAGAAUGCCUGGGCAAAGUAGUUGUAGUAAAUCUCACUUGAAUUCAAACAUACUGCGUGAUGUGUGGGAAUGGAAUUAACCAACGCAUUCUCGAUUUUACGCCCAAACA